AUGGUAAAACAAAUAUCGGUAAAAUACCGUCCUUUGGAUUAUGUCUGGCUGGGAAUUGAUCGAGCUUUCGUUCGAAUUGCUUCCUUUUGUGCGAAACUCGUCGGCAAAUCGACUUUUCAGUUCCUGGUUGAUGUUGGGUUGAUCAAUGCCGCUUCGCUCAAUCGUCUCCACCAUUGCAUCGAGGCCGCCAAAACCGAGUCGAUGAGUAAAGAGGAGUUGGAACAAGAAUUGGCAAUACAGGACGAAUCUUCGCGCUAUGUUCUUCAAUUUUUAACUACUUCUGAUGAAAAAUAUGGGGUUUUGAAUGAAGAGAUCAAAAGAAGAGCUGCGAUAAAAGUCGAGAAAUCGAUAGAAGAACACCGAGACGCGUUGGAUGAACUUUGGAAAUUGCACGCUGAGUACGAGUUUGAGCCGAAAGGAGACUGGACAUUGCUGGGAUUUCAGCGCACCACUGAUCCGACCACCGAUUUUCGUUCGACUGGCGCUUUUGGAUUGGAGCAAAUGGAGUUUUUCGUUAAAUACCAUAAAAUGGUGUUGGAGAAGGAAGUGGCCUGGCCACAACAAUUGCCAUUUGCGCUCACAUCAAUCCACAUCACCGCCUUUUUGAUGGCAUUGUUGCAGGAGAAUCAUUUGCUUGCUCACUUCUAUGCGGCGCAUGAACUCCCUUCACUAGACGGGAUCAACAAGAUUCAUUGUCGUCUCUUGUGGUUGAUGAUGUGCUAUUGGAUGCGGCAAUGCGCUGAUUCAAUUAUGUAUUUCGAAAAGCAUUUUACUACCUUCAAAGAAAGCAUCGUUCGACUUCUACACUUCCACCACAAAAAUCUCCACGAGAUUACGAUCGACGAUGUGUACAAAGCU